AUGGCUUGCAGAGGUUGUUUGGAGUGUUUGCUAAAGUUACUCAACUUUCUUCUGGCUGUUGCUGGACUUGGCAUCAUUGGUUAUGGUAUCUACUUGUUUGUUGAGUACCAGAGGCAGACCGAUCACUCUCUUAACAGUAACGACCAAAGUUACGUCUCUUUUGGGAGACCCAUGCUUAUGGCUCUCGCACUCUCUUCCAGUGUCUUUGACAAUCUCCCCAAAGCUUGGUUCAUCUACUUGUUCAUUGGUAUCGGCGUGGCUCUCUUUGUUAUUUCAUGCUGUGGCUGUGUUGGUACUUGUUCAAGGAGUGUCUGCUGCUUAUCUUGUUACUCUCUGCUUCUCAUCUUGUUGAUCUUGGCUGAGCUUGGAGCUGCAGCUUUUAUUUUCUUCGACAACAGCUGGAGAGAUCAAAUUCCUUCUGACAAGACUGGAAACUUCGAUACCAUCUAUAAUUUCCUGAGAGAAAAUUGGAGCAUUGUCAGAUGGGUAGCCCUAGGAGCCGUUAUUUUUGAGGCUUUGCUUUUCUUGCUUGCCCUUAUGGUUAGGGCAGCUAACACACCAGAUGAGUAUGACAGUGAUGAUGAGUUUAUUGCUCCUCCUAGGCAAAUCAGGCAGCCAUUCAUCAACCGCCAACCCGCCCCUGUUACGGGUGUCCCUGUUGCUCCUACUCUGGACCAACGCCCAAGCCGCAGUGACCCUUGGAGUGCUCGUAUGAGGGAGAAGUAUGGGCUCGACACAUCGGAGUUCACAUACAAUCCCUCAGAGUCACACCGGUUCCAGCAAAUGCCGAUGCAACCAAACGAAGAAAAGGGCCGUUGCACCGUCAUGUGA